UUCCGCGCCUGCGCAGAUCGGUGGACAAGUCCAGCAUUGAUUAGCUGCGUCGUCGCUCCUCUUCGCAUUUACAUUUAAGCCGUUUUCUGACUUUUUUUAGACAUUUAUCACCCAACAGUUCUACAGAGCGUGGUUAAAGCGACCGUGUUGUGAGAAAAUAUGCCCAAAAAUAAAGGUAAAGGAGGUAAAAACCGGCGACGUGGAAAGAACGAGAAUGAGUCUGAGAAGAGAGAGCUGGUGUUCAAAGAGGACGGGCAGGAGUACGCUCAGGUCAUCAAGAUGUUGGGGAACGGCCGCCUGGAGGCCAUGUGCUUCGACGGAACCAAGAGGCUCUGCCACAUCAGAGGAAAACUCCGGAAAAAGGUCUGGAUCAACACGUCGGACAUCAUUCUGGUCGGGUUGAGGGAUUAUCAGGACAACAAAGCCGACGUCAUCCUGAAGUACAACGCCGACGAGGCUCGCAGUUUGAAGGCUUAUGGGGAGCUCCCAGAACACGCUAAAAUCAACGAGACUGACACCUUCGGGCCCGGAGAUGACGACGAGAUCCAGUUUGACGACAUCGGGGACGACGACGACGACAUCGAUGACAUUUAAAGAGCUGAGGCUGGAGGUGGGAUUUUACUUCAAAUGCUCAGAUUGGGAUGUCGUGGGCCGACUGCACACCAAUCAUAAUUUUUAUUAAAGCUCACCCUCUGGCAGUCCAAUCCAGAUUAUUCUAGUUUGUUUACACCGCUUCGCAUCCCAUCGGUGGAUUUUGUCCUUCUGAGCUCAGUACUGGAUCAUUGUUCUUAUAAAGCUGCGUAAACAAAAUCUUUAAAACUUUUUUUUUUACAUUUUGCUUUACUAUUUUUCCCAUUCACAUAUUUCCAUCAUUUGUAAACACGACUGCAAAACAUCUCACAGCGAAUGCAUCAUUUUAAAAUGUAUUUAUUAAUUUCAUACUCUAGAAUUCAGAACCAGAACAUCUGGAUUCACCAAUGUUUUUUUUUUUUGGUCCUCUGACUGAAGGUAAAACUCUGAAGCGCUUCUUGUUCCGACAGUGAAUCACUUUAAACUCUGGGUAAAGAAGCUGAUCAUCGGGUGUGGUUCUGUGGUUCCAGAACAGUUUCCACCAGUAGAACCUCACACAGAUUAUUUCAGUUUGGGAACGUCUGUCUGUGCGACUUAAUAAAAAUGUACCAUGAAGUUUGAAGGCUGCGGUUUCCAAUAAAGAUCUUAACUCCACUGGA